AUGCAUCAAUUGUGUGAUGGUGAAAGUGGUGGUGAUGAUGAUGACGGUGGUGGUGGUGAUGGUUGUGGUGGUGGUGGUGGUGGUGUUCGUCGUCAUCGUCGUCGUGGUUUUUGUGGUGGUGUUGAUUGUAAUGUUGAUGAUGUUGGUGUUGUUUUUGUUAGUGUUGGUGGUGGUGGUAUUACAAGCGAAAGCAGCACCAGUAGCUCCUUUGUGUGGGAAUAG